GGGAAACAAGAAGCGUUCAUUCCGCCAGUACACACCAGCUAAAGUAAACAGUUGAAAAUUGAGAGAGCAGAGAAAACCCAUGUUUACAGCCAAAAGGAUAACAUUGAAAAGAGUCAAUUUUUGCUCACGCGUUGCUUUCCCGCCCUCGGUCUUUGUUCUCCACGCUCCACGCUACUGCUACCAUAUAGCAUCCUCCCAGCAGGAAGGUGUCAUGAGGCUCCACACGGGAAACGGUGGUAGGUGGUAGUACAAGUGCGUCCUAGUCGAACCGAGUCAAAACCCACAAAGUGGAAAAUCGAGAGAACGCAUUGUGGGAGGUGUCGUCGUCUGGAGUUUGUAAGGAAAAAAUCCUAAAUAAUUGAAAGUAUUGGAAACCCAGUAGGAUAGAGUUUGGUCGCAAUUUGUUCGUCGGCAGGUCCGGAAGCGGAAACCUCGUGAAAGUGUGUGAAGUAACGUGCCACAAAAUCGAUUGUUAGCUGUAAGAAACUAUUUGCCUUGAUAGAAGCAACAACUGUGUGAAGGAAGGAUAGAAAAGUCUGGACCAACGCGAUGAUGUUUCUGACAAAGAAGGAGUGGAAAAACCUUGCCCGAAAGUUGCGCUUUUCCCCACGAAGGCGCUACUACGUGAUUACGGCAAUUGCCCUGGCGGUGCUCUUUGUCCUCGUUUACUGCAGCAUCACAUCGUCCUAUUACUGCUUCGACACCGGAGUCGAGUGGAAGGUGACCAAAUUUUGCCAACGACAAGGCCUUUCCGGAAGCAUGUGCCCGGAGUUUUGCAGCCGCAGCGGUGUGUACUGGGACCUCCGUUGUCCCCAUCCCAGCCUUGAGAUUCAUCAUCCGAAUCGGUUCCAGGUCAAACGACAGGACACUCCUCUGACUGUGAUUCAAGCAGUGCCCAACGAAAACUACGAAAAGCUGUUCUGGGUGGACAGUUACUAUCACAAGGAACACUAUCCGACGGAGAUCGAGUACGAAAACAUUGUCAAGCGGUACAUAUCGAACAAGUACAACCUGGAGGUGCCCUACGAGAAGAUUCGCACAUUGAUGCGGUUGACCCACAAGGAGAACAUCCCAAUGUUUCACCACAGCAUGCGGGACAGUUGGAAUCUGAUUCAGAACCACGAGUUCGUGAUGGCGGUUAUGUUCAACGAGAACGAUCUGUUUCCCUAUGUGGAGGGAAACUGUGCGGAGAUGUUCGCCUCGGAGAAGUUGAAUGCCGUGGAGUUUGAUAAUAGCCGGUUCUAUUUCGGAAGUCACAUUGCGUUGGACCGCUGGCGGUACCAUAUCAAGAUGGCAGUGCUGAUUCUGGACUAUAUGGAUGAGUUGGAUCAGCAUGGGAUUCAAAUGUGCCACGUGGAUUUGACGCGUUUCGGGAUCAACAACAACCGUUUGAAGUACGAUGAUCUGAGGUUCAUCUUCACCGAGUAUACUAUCAAUAGGAAGAUUUCGAGCGGGAGCUUUUGCACACGUGAUGAGCAUUGCAAUUUCAUGCAUUGCAAGUCAGAGUGCAACGUAGAAAAAAGUCGCUGUGAGUCGACGGUGCUGAAUAAUAAUGUCCAAAUUGUGUGUGAUAAGAUCUUCCUUGGAUCCAAGCGCUACCCUGGCAUCCUGAUUACACAGAAGACACCCGACAGGCUGCACAUGCUGCUAGAGCGUUGCGCGGAUCCAACGCAAGACCGCGAUGUAUCCCGUGCUCGCCCGCUGGGAACUUCCGAAGAACUGAGAAAACAGUUGUACAACGAAUUGACCAGCAUCUACGAGAAGCUGGCCCUCAUCAAUGCUCCGUAAUACGGGUUGCAAUGUGGCUUUGGACGUCGUCGUCGUCGUCUGUCGAUCAGUGUAUGUGUUUGUACGAGCGAUGUGAGGUUCACUUUUUCGAACCAUGGAGACAGCUUUUUACGGUGUUGUUGUAGGUGUGUAAAAGAAAAGCAGAGAGAUGGGUGAUGAUCAACGCAAAGGAAACUUUACGAAGGUUUCAGACCUGAACGUUUGGUAUUAUUUUUGUAGGCAUUGUAGUUCCGAAAAGGGAACGUAGGGCUUGUUGUAAUGUAAGAUAAGGGGAUGCAACCCAAAUUUGCCAAUGACACAAUCACUGAAAUUUCGAAAGUUCAACAAUUUAUUUGGUAUUGAUCACUUUUUUUUCCUAGGAACACAUUCAUCAAGACCAAACGGGAACAUCAGACAUGAAAGAUAACAUUUAGUGAUUGUACAUUUUUUACUGCUAACAAUAAACUGGAAUUGAGGUGGAAAAAUGACUUUUUUUCUGGCCUGUUACUGAUACGCACUAACAAAAAAUAUCCAUUUUUUUUCCUGAUAAAUUUUCCAUAAAUUUAUUAAUGUUUGGUCUGUUUCUACUAAAACUGUGUUACGAUUUCUGAAACAUAUUUCUCUUAGAACGUUAUGUAGACUUCUACAGGGAUUUCGUCUAAAAUUACUUAAGGAGUUUUCAAACAAAACCAUUCUGAAAGAAACUUCGGGCGAAACAUCUCUUAAAUAAACUUGCAGAAAGCUUAAAAUCAUCAAAAUGAAACGCAUUGAUAUGCGAAAAAAAAGUUCAGUUUUAUUUUAAUUUCAGCGUAUUCCAGUUGAG